UUAAAAAUGAUGGUGAAUUUAUCAGCGUCUACAUCCAUUAAUAUAUCCAGUUCUUUUGAAGGGUCAAAUUUAUCAGCACAACAAGAGAAUAAGACUGGUGUUUUAUCAAAAGAUGAACAUACUGCUGAGAAUCUGCUCUGGGGGACAAUGGUUACAAAUAUCAUUACAAGUUUCUUAGCUUUAAUUACUGCAGGAAUAUUCAUUGGUAAUUUGUUGGUUAUUCUAGCUGUUGCUACAACCAGCAAGCUAAGACGAAUUACUGACCAGUAUCUUUUGUCACUUGCUAUAGCUGACUUUUUAGUAUCUGUAUUUGUUCUUCCCUUCGCUGUUGUACGUCAUCAUUUAGGCUAUUGGCCAUUUGAAUCAGCGAUUCUAUGCUAUUUUUACAUUUCUAUAGAUACACAGUGUUGUAUGGCAUCGAUAUUUAACUUGUGUUGUAUAUCGUUAGAUCGUUAUGUUGCUAUUAGUCAUCCAAUUAAAUAUAUCACUAAACGAAAUCGUUCAACAGCGCUGGCUAUGAUAGUUAUCGCGUGGAUAUUGCCUCUACCGGCUAUUGUGCCACCUUUAAUUGGAUCAUAUGAACAUACUUCUGGGAUUGGUAAUUGUUAUUUAAGUUAUGAUAAGAAGUAUAGAAUCUAUUCAUCCGUACUUGGUUUCUUUGUCCCACUGUCUCUGUUGGCGUUUGUCAAUGUUAGAAUAUUUUGCAUUAUAAACAAUCGAAUGAAAGCAUUUGAAAAUGUUAAAAUUCAUAAGUUGAAGCAUAAAAUCUCAAAAUCGGACAAUGCUUACGUGUCCACUUCAUCUAUCUGUACACCUUCGUACCGAACAGAGCUUAAAACGAAAUGGAAUAAAUGGCGUGAUUCACAAAAGGGUUUUUCAAAUAAAACCAUGGGUUCAUCUUUAUUUUCGCUUACAAGUGGAUGGGCGGGUAAACUUCCUCAAAGUUUGCCUGGAAGUAUUAAAAAGCUCAGAUCUCCUAUCGAUAAACAGCAACCAGUUAAAUCUCAUAUAUCAUCAGAAGCCUCCUCCGCCUGUGUUGGUGGUGGUGGUGGUCCUAUGCAUUCAGAAGACAAUUUGAAGGAAAGUAGAACCUGUUCAAAUCAGUCUAGCAUACACAAAAUACAAACGUCUAAAGCAGCAAACUCAGAUAUUAUUAUAUCACCUAAUCCUAGUUCAGAUAACAUUGUUUACACAUCGCAAAAUGAUUAUAUAUCGCAGACAUCAACUGAUGAUGGCAAUGAUGAUGAUGCGAAUGCUCCUGAAAUUCCGCAGUCAACAAAUAAAGUUGAAUUCUCUACAGUCAAGUUGCAUAAACUACACCAAAACUCAGUUAUUCCAGCUGAUCAAGUGAAAAAGCUUUCCAGCAUAUCCUACUCUAAAGAAUCCGGAAAAAACAAUCCUCGUCACAUAAAUACGGUGGUAGUAAAGAAGCACUCGCCUAAAUCAUUCCAACGUCAUGAACGUGCAUUACUCAAAAAAGAGAAGAAGACUAGUCGAACUGUUGCAGCAAUUGUAGGUUGUUAUACCCUUUGUUGGUUACCAUUUUUUACAUUUUUUCUAGGCGAAGCAAUUUUCGACUGUACAUUUUCCGAAGGCUUAUAUUCAUUUGUUUGUUGGUUGGGCUACAGUAAUAGCAUAUGCAAUCCACUAAUUUAUACAUUUUUUAACAAGGAAUAUGCAUGUGCUUUUAAACGUCUUUUAUGUAUAGAUAAAUGUUCACGUUUGAUUAGAGAUGGUAGUUUUUAG